AACGUUCCUACCCCGUCUGUGAUCUUGGCUGUCCGAACCGGAGUUCUAAUCGGGCAGCGGGUAAGCCUGCGCCGUAGAGUGUGUACAUGAGACACCUGAAACCUCCUGGGCCAACACAACGACCGUCAAGUCCGCCCCUGGUCCACCUUGGUGGGGGACAAUGACUUCCACAAGAAUGAAAGGACACCGGGUGCUAUCCUUGCUCCUCUGGGUGUGUGCAGUGUAUUUUGUGGGAAUUUACCUGUUUGUGGGUGGAUUCCUGCUGGUUCGGUUGGAGGUGAACCGCACCAGCACCUGCGGAGACGUACUCGAACCGAGGGGAGAGUCGAGAGACUUUUGUGGGGUAAAACCACCUUUCCGCAGGGCUGUCAUCCUGAUUAUCGACGCCUUAAAGAUCGACUUUGCCCGUUUUGACCCCAACAACACUUGGCCUCGAUCUUUUGAAAACAAAAUGCCUGCGUUUGAGGAGACAUGCUCAUCCAGGCCUGCCCAGUGCCGCUUGUACCCCUUUCGUGCUGACCCACCCACGACCACCAUGCAGAGAAUCAAGGGAUUGACUACUGGGUCUCUGCCCACCUUUGUGGAUAUGGGUAGUAACUUUGCAUCUCGGGCCAUUUCAGAUGACAACCUCAUCCACCAGUUUGGUCAAGUGGGCAAACGAGUGGUGUUCAUGGGCGACGACACUUGGGAGAGUCUUUUCCCAAAGAAAUUCUACCGUUCUCUGCCCUUCCCUUCUUUUAACGUGCAUGACCUGCACACUGUGGACGACGGCAUCCUCCAGAAUCUCUACACAACUAUGGUGGGUGACGAGUGGGAUGUAUUGGUUGCUCAUUUCCUCGGGGUGGACCACUGUGGUCACAGGUUUGGUCCUGACCACCCGGCGAUGGCUGACAAGCUCAUCCAGAUGGAUGGAGUCAUCAGGUCUGUGAUCAACCAUAUAGAGAAUGACACGCUCUUGGUGGUGAUGGGGGACCAUGGGAUGACAGAGACUGGCGAUCAUGGAGGAGAAAGUCAAAAGGAGACUGAUGCGACCCUCUUCCUCUACAGUGCCAUCCCGCUCUUUCCUGGACCCCCGUCGCAGGAUGAACCUGAUGUGGUGCCCCAGAUAAACCUGGUUCCCACACUGGCCCUGCUCCUUGGAGUGCCAAUCCCGUACAGCAGCGUGGGUCAGGUUCUUUUGCCUUUGUUUCCUGAGUUUGGCCCCGCACAAGGUGCAGUUGCCGGUCUCAGCCAGCUUGAGGCGCUGUGGAUCAAUACAAAGCAGGUGAGCCGGUUCCUGGUGACGUAUUCUGCUUUGGCCAAAGAUAUACCAUCUGAGAGUCUGGCUGUGCUUCAACAUCAGUAUGAAAACCUCUCCUCUGAGUAUCUCACAUUCACCCGAGAGGGACGCUCACCCCCCCGUGAGCUGUCGCUCGCGCUGCAGGCCUACCUCACCUCCGUCCAAGACGUGUGCCGAGCCACCUGGGCCCGCUUCAACCCGCUUAAAAUGGCGGCCGGUUUAAUCAUCUUGGCGCUCGCCUGCCUGAUGUGUUUCACCGUGUCUGAAAUGUCAUCGGUGCUCGUCAGAGAGAAUAAUUUUCGGCUGAGGGCAACUGUUGUAGUUGCGCUGCUUGUUGGCGUUUGUGUGGCUGCCGGUCAGCUGCUCUCAUGGGGUUACGUGGAGUUAGCAUGGUGCAUGGCUGCGACCGCCUUCACGUCUGAGCUCUUCUUCCUGUGCCAGGCUCUUCAGUCCAAGACAUCCACUGGGGUUAAGAAUGAAGCAAAAGCCCCAAAAAGUGCAAGCUGGAGGACCCCACGUUAUCUUCUCUCUCCACCUCUGGUGGUGACACUCCUUCGCUUUGCCUCCAUGCUCUCGAAUAGUUAUGUGAUCACCGAGGGUCAAGUAGUAACCUUCUUGUUGCGCUCCCUGGCUCUCUACAUUCCCCUCCGUCUUAAUUGGGAUGGCCUCCUUCUGCCCGCCAACCAAGACCCUUCGAAACCUGCGUCGCUGCUCCCGUCACCCGCCUCUCCCCCAUCGACAGUGAGAAAAGAAAGCAGCACCCUCGUAGCCUUCUUCGCGCUCCUCGUCGGAAGUCUCUACCUCUCCCUCUUCUUCCACGGCUGUCGAGAGGAGCAGCAUGCCUGUCAGCCAUCCCCCUUCCUUUCCUCCCUCGCUCGGGUGAAAGACAAUCAGCUGAAAAACAUUUUCUACGUCCUCUCAGUUUCUUCCCUUGCCGUGUGGACGUAUCUGUUGAGAAAAUGUCUCCAACACUAUGGGAACCUCAACUCCUCAGGUGGAACGGUAUUCACGGCCCGCUGGAUCCUUCCCCUGCUUUCUGUGUGUCUGGGGCUCCACUGGGCUGUUAGUGCCUCACCAGAGAACAGCUUCAGGAAUUUGUCUGAGCUUAUCAAACUGGCCCAAAUCUUCAUCCCCAGGGCUGCAUAUUGUCUCCUGGGACUGGGGCUGGCCCUGAUCUGGCUGGAUCCACUAACCGUGUUUGUUAAGACCAGGCCUGCAAGUGGGACUUUGAAGAAUUUGUCCGUCCCUCCGCCACGCUACCGAGCCAGCACCGGUAUCAGCCCCCAAGCCGAGCUUCACCACCUCAUCCCACAAAUCUACCAGCGCAUGCGCCGCUCACUGGAUGAUGGCGAGACGAGCGGGGCUAGCGAGGUGGACAACCGACCCGCCGUGGAGGCCUACGGCCUAGGAACGGUCUACUCUGCCCCGCUGCUUCUGUUCUGUGGGCUGCUGGGAUUGGGUCUGCUGCACUUGCACCCAGAGGGCAUGGCUCUGUCUUUCCUCCUGCUACUGUUUGAAAUGGGGGCUCUGCUGCACAUUCAUGCCUCCUCCACAACUCUUUGCGACCUGCGCGGAGUAUAUUCGGGUGGCUUCAAUGUGCCCUGGACUCCUGUUGUGCUGUGGUCGCUGGCAGCCACCCAGUUCUUCCACGCAACAGGUCACCUGCCCACCUUCUCUUCUAUUCAGUGGGAAGCAGCCUUUGUGGGAUUCCCCGGUGGCCACACGGGGACCUUCCUGCCGGCCUCCUUGGUUACCCUCAACACUUUUGCUUCACACAUCCUGUUUGCAGUGGGAUGUCCCUUACUGCUAUUUUGGCCCCUGGUAUGCGAGGUCCGUGGAAGCAGGGCAGGCAAAGCCAGUGGUGAAGGAGGAGAGGAUGCCGUCAUGGAGAUGAGACUGAGGGAGAAGCCUCAACUGUUUAGCUCGGCUCUCCUGCAACUCUCGGCACGCUACCUCUUUAUUCUCGGACUGCAGGUCUUCGCUUCAGUGUGUGCAGCUGCUAUCCUCAGGAGGCACCUAAUGGUGUGGUGUGUUUUCGCACCCAAGUUUAUGUUUGAGGCCUCGGGGUUCCUGGUGAGCUGCGUGUCUUUGCUGCUUGGUGUCUCAUUAGUGCUGAGAGUCGACGUGGCAGUGGGACAUUGGUUCAAGAGACUCGUCCCCGAUGUCUCCAGGUAGCGAAAAGCCACACCGUUGCUUUACCAGCGCAGCCCACUAGAGCACACUGUGCCAUCAAAGGAAUGGACAAGGCGGUGAAGUUCUGAUGACGCUUCGUAUCCAGUGUGAAGGCUCAACCACAGACGGAUGAAGAGCUGCACUGACAGGCUAAGAGCUCGAGUCUGCCUUUUGUAUCCACAUGUAUUUUGGCCGGAGAAAAGCUGAACUUUCUGACAGUUUUUUUUCCUCCCUUCAGAUGUGUGUAUUUUUUUUUCUCUCCAAGUAUUAAUGCGCUUCAUUGUGCAGCAAUCAGACUAACAGUUUAUACUAUCCCAUGCCUGUCAACAGCUGUCGCAGCCGUUAAAUACUCAGUGAGCACUUCAUAACAGAGUUUCGCCAAUAUGCAACACAGUUGCCAAGUUGAAGUUACAUUUUCUGCGAAAUAUUCCCUGUAGAUGUGACAUGCUGGUAUACGCGCCUUAUUGGGUAUUGUAAGUGAGCCAUUACUUUGUACAUGGAAUGUGUCACUUUUGAGCCAUAAGUGUGUCUGGAGCUCCAAGAACGCAGGCAGUCUUGUUUUGUGGCCAUCACAAAAACACUCCUUUUCUUUUUCUUUUUCUUUUUCUUUUUUUUUUUAAGUGUGUGUAUUUUCAAGAUACAACUGAAGUGUCAGGUCAUCGCCAACAUUGAAUCUUUCUUUGAAUCUCAAGAGAUCACUGGGUGCAAGCCGUCAUUUCUAAUCAUGUGGGGAGGACAUUGGAAAGAACGGACUUUUUUGUGUGUGUUUUGGUUACGUAAUCUGACAUUUUAUUUCAUAGGGCUAUUGAUUUUCAACUAUUCUAUUCAUCAUUUCAUGUUUUCACAAAUCACAUUUAGGCUAUAUUUUUUAAAUGAAAUGCACAUCUUAUUAUCAUCCUCAAUAAAUGCCUUUUUUUUUCUAAUGAUGGUCAUUGAAUCCACAGCCUUUAUAAGUAAUUUAUUUUCAAAAGGAUGCACAAUAUUUGAAGGCAACUCUGGCUCAACACUGCAUUCCUCAGGCCCUCUCUAUACAAGAAUGUUGUGUUCAUGAGAGCACCUGCUGUGGUGAUGUUCCCCCCCCCCCCCAAAUGAUUGAUUGAAUCAUGUUGCUUGUUGUUGGCUUUUUUUGCUUUAUGUUUUGGAUAAAAUGCAUACUUAUAUGAAGAACUAAAAUGAGUGAUUGAGAACAAAUAAACCUUUUACAUGUCUUGUUCA